AUGGCAUCUCAGAGCCAUAAGUACGAUUUGGGACGAAAUGAAUUGAACAAGCCUGAUUACUACGUUGAGUUGACAGAGAAGCAUUUGUCUGACUUUGAAAUAUGGAACUCUCUUUGCUCGAAUGAGAGUUAUGAUAUGCUCCUUUACCUUUGUGAGCAAUAUCUGAAUAUGGGUCGGUUUCCUGUUAUUCCAAGUGAGGUAAUUGCUGUACUUUUCACGUUAGCUUCCAUCGGAGAUCACAAUAAGGGUUCGCUAAUAAAAAAGGCAGAUCCGUUUGACACUGGGAGGGAAUUAUUAACAAGAAGGAGCAUGAAACUUCUAGAGACUUUACUUGAUAUAUUACAGACAUUUGAUACCGAUUUAUAUGAAAUAUACGAUUUAGAGCUGCUGCGCUGUCAGUUUUUUUACUUUAUUGAUAGCAUCAGACCAGAAAAUGGUCGGGCGUUGGUCCUAGAUCCGCUAAAUGCACAGAGUAGCAGGGCUACCCGGCGAUCAUUCAAGCUAUCAUCUCGAUCGGCAGAAGGCGGAUCUCUUCUCUCGGUGGAGCCAUUGUAUGGUUCUUAUAUCAAUCUUAUAGGCGAUGACACCAGCGUCUUCAAAACAACGAUGGUGCAUAGUGCCUUAUCACAAGAGGGUUCUUUUUGGAACGGUUUUAGUUGGGCAUUGUCUACAUUUAUGAUAGGACAUGAAAAUGAGGACCAAAAAACAGAUUGGGACUACGAGCUGGCCAAAGCAUGGUUAAGUGUUUUCAAAUUAAUCUUUAUUAUCUAUGAACUUCGGCAGGAUUAUUACAUCGACUCUAAGACGGAGACCAUAGAAAAAUCCCCUAUAUUUAGAUUAUUAGAAGCUGUUGAUAAAAAAAAUCAAUUGAAAGGGCUUGUUCAAUAUCUCUUUGUUGGUUGUGUUGAGUGCGAAAUAUUGUACCCUGUUUCCCCCUCACUAAAUGAUCCCUCUACAUCAAAUGCUUCUUUCAAUCAAUUUCACGAAGAUAAGGACUAUCGAGCAGCAUUUUCAAUGGAUGUCAGAAAGGAUACACUUUGUGUCUUCGUAAGAUUCUUGGAUCGUUAUGAAAGACAUUUACAGAGCUACCCAUUCACACUUGACGCAUUGUAUGGCACAAUUGUUGAUGCACUGUAUAGUGAUUUAAAAAUUAGUUCGUUCAAACAGUUCUUCCUCUCAUGCGAUGUAGAAAAGGACAGAAAUUUGAUAACAACAUUGGUUGAAAAGUUAUUGAAUAAGGCGUUUAGUAAUGUUGAGCCAAGGCGGACUUUCAACAUUGUUAACAAGAUGUCGAAUUUUGAAGAAGUGACUUCAGAAUUAAUGAAAUUGCUCAGAGCCAUAGACAGGUCUGCGGCAUUCAACCGUUCUCGAAUUUCGAAGCGGAGAAUACAGAUGGAUUUUUGCAUAAUUAUAUUGACUAGGUUAAUCAUAACUACUCAUCCACAAGGGAACUUUGAAGAACUUCUGAGAGUUUUGACCACAUUUGCGAAGUCUCCGAACUCUUUCAUGGAUGUGAAAGACGUGAUACCCUUGUUCGAGCAGACCUAUUAA